GUGAACAAUUGUUAAUUGACUUCAAAUUUAAUAAAAUGACUGAAAGUGUAGAAAGAGCUACAGAUGUGAUCCAAUCUGUAUCUCUCUCGUGGUGUAACAUCCAUGUGAUGACUAAACCCCACAAACCACUCAUUAGUUUCACUAAAACUAUACGAACGCCGAAAGAGAUCUUAAGAAAUGUUUCGGGUGAAGUAAAGGCCGGACAGCUAUUAGCUAUAAUGGGCUCCAGUGGCGCCGGAAAGACCACUCUAUUGAAUGUAUUGACGGCAAGGAAUCUGUCGAGAAUGACAGUCAAGGGAGUGGUGCUCAUCAAUGGACAGGCA